AUGGCGGCGUCUGGGAUGGUCUGGCCUCUCGUGUUUCUCGUGCUACCAAGCGCGUCCUGCAUGCAGCUGGAGACGAGCAGCUGGCGCGAACAUUUGACCGCCAACGCGACGUCCGCGCAGUCGAAGCGCGCGGAGUGCAGCGCGUUCCAGGUGGGUCAAGGCUGCUGCACGCCACUGGGAGAUACCGCGUCUGCGUGGACGUUCGCUUCGUUUGGUACGCAUGGCACUUGGUCCAGCACCCCGGCGUUCGUCCGGUAUGACUUCCACGACGAUACGAUCUGCGGUGGCGUGGCGAACGCCAGGCAACAUGGGAACGCAGUUCUCUCCUUGAACGACGCUUCUCCCAUCGACCUGACCCUUUCGAUGACAGGCGUGGCGGAGGCCAAUUUCGAAAAAUUCCAGCUGUUCGUGGAUAACGUCCUGAUCACCACGGUGCAAGCUUCAAACGGCCACGGGGGUAGCGCGUGCCAGGUCAGCACCUGCAUCAUGUGCGAUGUCAACAUGCCCUCGCAGACGUUUUCGCUUUCACCUGGGGUGCACACAAUCAAGGUAGAGGUUGAUUCCUCUCGCUUCGCGGGGUGCACGUCCAGAGUACGUACAGUCAAGUCGUGGCCUGCACUUGGAGGCGCGCUGCGCCCAGUGGAGUUCGUGCGAUGA